AUGGGAUGCAGUUGUUCUAGACGCUUUAUCGAAGAGGAAGAUGGACAAGUGAGGUUCCGCAUUAUCGGUGGUAGACGAUUUCAUAAUAUUUCGAAUUCAGAGUAUUUUGUUCCGAAUGAUGAUCAAGAAGCUGAUCGUUUAAUUAGAUAUCAUGACGCAUUAAAAGAGAUUUGGGGAGGUUUGUUUCAUUCACCUGUUGAAGAGAAGUUGAGAAAAGGAGCUCGAGUUAUUGAUUUAGGAUGCGGAGCUGGAACUUGGAUUUUGGAUAUGGCAAAGCAAUAUCCUAAUUCAAUGUUUGUAGGAAUAGAUCUAUCUCCUAUUUUUCCAACAGAAGGUCUUCCUUUAAACGUGGAGUUUGUCGAAUAUAAUGUGUUAGAUAUAUUACCAUAUAAAGAUGCAUCAUUCGAUUUCAUUCACCAAAAAUUCUUGACUGCUGCUUUUACGCAAGCACAAUGGGAAGAGAAAGUUAUCCCAGAAAUAACAAGGUUAACUCGACCAGAUGGAUGGGUUGAGAUGGUAGAAGGUAAUGGUUGUUUGAUAUCUGAUGGAAACGUUACAAAGAGAAUUUCAGAAGCAAUCCGAAAUUUCAUGACGUCGAAGGGAAUGAACUAUAUAAUCGGGGAAGAGAUUCCGCGCUUUCUUGAAAACACAAACGCGUUUUCGGAAAUUAAAUAUAAAAAAAAAGAUAUAGUUUUAGGCAAGAAAGGUGGUAAAUCUGGCGAAGAGACUCUAAGAUUUUACACUGAUGGUAUCAGCUCUACCAGAAUCCUUUUAGCAACCAAUAUGAAUAUAAUGCCCGAACAUUAUGACGCUCUUGUAGAAACAAUAUCUAUUGAGGCGGAGAAAACUAUUACUUAUAUGAAUCAUUAUCGAAUUUGUGGUCAUAAGAAGUGA